AUGGCCCCAAUUAACGGCGAGUCAAUUGACGCCCUCAAGGACCUCAUCGGCAGUUUGGAGGCCCGGAUAGUUGGUUUGGAGCAGGCAUUGCUCAAUGGCGGUAACUCACAGUCCAAUUCGGCUGCCCAGUCGAUGCGGAUGAUCCUGAUGGGCCCUCCAGGCGCAGGCAAAGGAACCCAGGCACCCAAGAUCAAGGAGAAGUUCUGCAUAUGCCAUCUGGCCACUGGUGACAUGCUCCGGUCACAGGUUUCCCGGCAAACCGAGUUGGGCAAGGAAGCUAAGAAGAUUAUGGACCAGGGUGGACUUGUCUCUGACGAGAUUAUGGUCAACAUGAUCAAGAACGAGCUGGAGUCGAACAAGGAGUGUCACAAGGGUUUCAUCCUCGAUGGAUUCCCACGCACAGUUGCUCAGGCUGAGCGAUUAGAUGACAUGCUUCGCGAGCGCAAGCAGAUGCUGCACCAUGCCGUCGAACUCCAGAUUGACGACUCCCUCUUGGUUUCCCGGAUAACGGGCCGAUUGGUCCACCCUGCCUCUGGCCGAUCUUACCACAAGAUCUUCAACCCACCAAAGAAGGAAAUGACUGAUGAUCUCACUGGAGAGCCACUGGUUCAGCGUUCCGAUGACAAUGCUGAAGCCUUGAAGAAGCGAUUGGUCACCUACCACGCUCAAACAGCCCCAGUUGUUGGAUACUACAAGAAGACCGGUAUCUGGAGCGGAAUUGAUGCCAGCCAGGAGCCUGGUCAAGUCUGGAAGAGCAUCCUCGGAGUCUUUGAGAAGAAAGAAUCUCCAAUUCUUAGCAAGCUUGGCUUGUCCAAGUAA